AUGUCAACACCAAGUCCUCAGCUGCUGGUGGCAGCUGCUCAGCAGACCCUGGGCAUGGGCAAGAGAAAGGGUCCAUCUAGAGCCAUCUGCCUUCACUUAGCUGGAGAGGUGCUAGCUGUGGCCCGGGGGCUGAAGCCAGCUGUGCUGUAUGAUUACAACUGUGCAGGAGCAUUGGCACUCCAGAGUUAUCUGGAGGAGCUGCAGAGGCUAGGUGUCCUUAACACAGGACUUCACAUUCUGGAGAUUGGAGAAAAUAGCCUCAUUGUCAGCCCUAAGCAUACAUGUCAGCACUUGGAGCAAGUGCUCCUUGGUACUAUAGCAUUGGUAGAUGUUUCCAGCUCCCAGCCACACCCUUCCCUGUGUUCCCUGGACCAGCUUCAGGACUUGAAGGCCUUUGUGGCUGAGAUCACCAGGCAUUUGCAGGAGCUGCAGAGAGACCUAUCUCUAGGAGUCUCUCAUAGCAGGCUCCAUUCCUCGGACUGGAAUCUCUGUACUGUAUUUGGGCUCCUUCUAGGCUAUCCUGUCUCAUAUACCUUUCACCUGAAUGAGGGAAAUGACAACUGUUUGGCCCUGACCCCACUACGGGUAUUCACUGCCCACACCUCAUGGCUUCCAGGUCAGCCCCCAGUCUUGCUGUAUUCUUUUAGUGUCCCAGAGAGCUUGUUCACAGCCUUGAGGCACAUUCUAAAUGCCUGGGAGAAGGACCUCCGAACCCGAUUUAGGACUCAGAAUGACUUUGCUGAUCUCAGUAUCACCUCUGAAAUAGUCACACUGCCAGCUGUGGCCCUCUAACUGUCCUAUAUAAAAAAUAUCCUAUAAAUAAUUAUAUUUUUGUUGAGGAUGUCAACUAGGAAUCAUUUGAAGUACUAAUUCUAAGUGUUUUGAGGACACUAGGAAAGAACGCUUUAAUCUGCUAAACAUGAUACUGUGAAUAGGGGAUAGUUGUAGCAUUGGUAGUGCGUAUCUGGCAUUUCUAUAUUAGGGGUUCUCUAUGAACAGAGGUGCCUAUUAACUUUUCAUUGGAUAAGAGAGAGAACAGAAGAGACAUGGGGAAAAGAAGUGUUCUGAGGAAAGAAAAGAAAAAAAAGCAUUCUGAAGGCCACCCUUCUGUCCUGCCCUGUGAUAGUGUCUUCUAGGAAAAGACGGUGUGUUUCUCUAUGUUUAUCUAUGUACUUCUAACUGAAUUGGACUGGAGUGGAUUGGCAUGCUUAAGUAUCACACUUGGGAGAUGAUAAUGCUGUUUAGGAAUAAAUCAAGACCUCCAGUGUA